CGACUAGAAAAACACAAGACACAAACUUGAGCCCUCUACUUGAUCCCUUCACCGCGAAUCAUGUGGAAUCAGCGGAAAACAUGAUGAGUGCGUAAUCCUGACACGCUUUCUGCUCAGUGCAGAGGGCACAGGCUGCACAAAGGGGAUCAUUGUUGCCUGCAGAUGCCCGUCAGUGGUGCAGUCGCUCUUUGAAGGCUCUCCAAUCGCAGCGCAUAGCGCGACGAAGGAGGGCGGGGUUUGUCUUCCGUCCCCCAUUACUGCUCCAAGCCCCUCUUUGGCACAGCGUCCCAUUGACUAGACUGUGACAAACCGAGCAGCGUGCUUCACUGCGUCUCUGAACUCAGCGCUCUCAAAAGUGGACUCGUGAUGUCUGCGAGGACGCGCAUUCUGGGCUCGAGGAGAUAAAUGACGCGCACCUGCAGAGGGUCGCGUUUUGGACAGGUAUGAGACCUGUGGCACUCGCGGAUGAGGAACCGGCAGAUCUUGCGAAGAUCUGAAUGCAGCUCAGUAUCACACUUCCAUUCAACCACCGGGCCUGGCGCAUGGAUGGAUCCGGCUGCACUCAUGGAAUACAAAGCCCGUGAGCAUGCCCGUCCGAGCCCACCGCUCUCCGGGAGCCUCUCCACAGCGUCAUCCUCCUCCUGACACAACCGCUCCACUCGGACACCCACCGGUCACUUCAAGUCCCGUCGCCAUGAGGACGACUGCUCGGUGAUUCGGUGCAUCUGCGCGCCCGCACGGACCGGAGACCUCCCUCCCCCCUCUCUCUCUCUCUUUCUCUGUCUGUGUGUGUGUUUUGGGGUUUGUGCUUUUGUUGGCCGUACACCGGAUUUAUCUGUGCGGCGAGCUUCCUUUGUGUCAAAGGGCUUAACGCAGAGUGCGCGGAGGGCGACAGAGCGGGGGCUUCGCUUCGCCCGCUGUUGCGCACAGCUGCUCUCUUUGUGCCGGGUCGUAAUGGCAGCGGGACAGCCGGAGGCGCAGGACCACACGCCUGAGAACGGCUUCACUCCGUUGGAGCGCCCGGCGCCCCGGCUGCUGCCGCACAUCGACGGCUCCGUUCUGCCGUCUCUCGGGGGCUUCGGGAAACACCAGAAGCAGCUCGUGGUCCUGACCUGGAUACCGGCGUUGUUCAUCGGCUUUAGCCAGUUUUCGGAUUACUUCCUCCUGGCGCAGCCCAAUGGCACUUGCGUGCAGCCACUGGCAAACGAAAGCGACUGGACCGCGGCGACCCCGCCGGUCACCGUCACCAGCAUCGCGCCCUCGUUGAAGCCCACAGGCAACGGCACCGGGCACGGAUACGGCGACGGCGUCGGAAUGCUGUGCGCUUGUAAGGAGUGGAGGCUGGAGCUGCAGACGGGACUUAGUCAGAAUGUGGUUACCAAGUGGAACCUAGUGUGUGACUCGGCCUGGAAGGUUCACAUUGCCAAGUUCUCUUUGCUUGUGGGCUCCAUAUUUGGAUACCUGGUGAUGGGUGUCAUGGCUGACUGGUUUGGUCGACACCCAGUGUUGAUCCUUUCGGUGCUUUUCAUGCUGGUGUUUGGUCUGAGUGUUGCCUUCUCUGUAAAUGUCACCAUGUUCAGCACCUUGCGCUUCUUUGAGGGUUUCUGCUUGGCGGGCCUUGCUCUCUCCCUCUACGUGCUCAGGAUCGAGCUGUGUUUGCCAGGUUGGCGUUUCUCCAUGACUAUGGUGGCCAGUUUUCUUAUGGUGGGCGGGCAGCUAUUGAUGCCAGGGGUGGCCGCUCUGUGUCGCCAUUGGCCAAACCGGGAUGACUGGCAGGUCCUGCAGAUCGUCAUAAUCAGUCCUUUCGUACUGAUGCUGCCGUACGUCUGGAUUUUUCCCGAAUCCCUGCGCUGGUUGCUGGCCACCCAGCAUUACCGGCGGUCCAAAGCCAUGAUGCUGCAGAUCGCCAGGAAGAACCAAGUUGACAUGACAACUGAGCCAAGCGGAGUUCUUACAGAGCUGGAGCAGGAGCUGCACAAGAAACCCCAGAGGAGCUGCAUUGUCAAGAUGAUGAGCACCAGGAACCUGUGGAAAAACAUUGUGGUGCUGUGUGUCAACUCUCUGACAGGUUAUGGAAUUCACCACUGCUUCGCUCGCAGUAUGAUGGACCCCGAGGCUCAGCCCACGGCUUUGUGCCAUGCUGACUAUUACACCAUGGCGGGCAUCGCCGUGGCAACCUGUCUAGCACUAUGCCCUGCGGUCGGGCUGAUGGGUCGGCGUGGAGGGCUGCUCACAUUCAUGAUCAUAACAGCCCUGGCAUCACUGCUGCAGCUGGGUUUGCUUAACUUGAUUGGGAAGUACAGCCUUCGCCAUGACACAGUUUUGCGAGACACUCUUAACAGGAAAUUCUCUGUGGCCUUCUCCAUAAUUGGGAUGUUCUCUUCUCAUGCUGUCAGCACACUCAGCAUUUUCUUUUGUGCUGAAAUCACUCCUACUGUCAUCAGGGGUGGAGGACUGGGCUUGGUCCUGGCUAGCGCUGGCUUUGGCAUGCUCACUGCACCCAUCAUGGAGCUCCACAACCAGAAGGGCUACUUCCUGCAUCAUGUGAUCUUUGCCUGCUGCACCCUGCUGUGCAUCAUCUGCCUCCUGCUGCUGCCUGAGCCACGGGGACAGCCACUGCCGGAGAGCCUGGCUGAUGGAGAGACCUUUACCCGUCAGACCCUGCUCCAUCCGGGAGAGCAGCACCUCCUUCUCGCCAAGAGUGAUAGGGACUACUCCCGUGUUCAGGACACACCAUUACAUCUCUCAGCCACUGGGGGCGCUACAGUGGCAGCAGCCACCGCUCUGGCAGCGGUACCUGCCUCAUACGCCCUUGCAACUGGUGGGGAGGUGAUCGGGAAUCAUGCCAUAGCCAAUGGAGUGUGAGCAGCUUUGCAAGUUGUCUUCUGUGCUAAUAACUGCUCCAAGCACUAACCUGAGCAAGCGAUGACUGAACUUCCUGUACUUUAAGGGAAACUAAUUGUUCAUAUGAACUCUUUUUAUGUUGAGGAUUCAGAUGAUGAUGAUAGUAAAUUUGUGUCAUUUGUAGUGACUAUGAUUCCUUCAGGAGUUGCCAAAAAUAUAUUGUAUUGAAGUCAGUGUAUGUCAGAUAAUAUGAGCGUCUUCAGUGGUGUUGGUGAUUUUCUUGAGCCACCUUCUGCUCGAGGGUACAAGCAGACACAAGUGGAGAGACAAAGUACAGCAGAAUAACUUUCAAUAACGUGUGCUCUGAGUUUACUGUCUGUAGUUUUGACUCGUUGAAACUGGAUUUCACUACAUCUUAAACUCUUUGUAGGUAGGUUAUUUUGCACUAAAUGUCAGAGACACAAUCAAGUGUUUGUGAUUUGCAGCCAACACAUUGGAGAUCCAGGGAUUGGCUAAAGCCACUAACUUUUUGCAUGAAAAGGGCACAAAUGUUUUUUGUUUUGUUCUGUAGCAUUGGUUAAUACAACCUGUGACUCACUGUGCAAUUCCCCAGCAUUUAUCAAGUAAUUCUCAAUUGACAGUGUAAUUUUCAGUACCUUACAAUACUUACCAACAGGUACAGUAAAACAUAGUUUUACUGUACCUGUUGGUAAAACAGGUACAGUAAAGGAAAGGAAAAAACUGAACAGGCUGUGGGGUGGUUAGCACUGUUGCCUCACAGCAAGAAGUAUCUAGGCUCAAAUCCAGUCUGGGACCUUUCUGACUGGAAUUUGCAUGAUCUCUUUGGGAACUCUUCCCACAACCUAAAGACAUACACACAUAGGGUUAGGUUAAUCAGCGAAUUUAAAUCGGCUCUAGGUGUGAAUGGUUGUCUGGUGGCUGCUCCAGUCUGCAUGCCGAAGUAUCCUUGGGCAAGAUACUGAAGCCCAAGUUGCUCCUAACAUGGAAAAAUGUUUGAUAGAAAGCACUUAGAUCUAGAGAAAAAGUCCCUGUGUGAAUAUGAAAGAGUGAUGUUCUCAAGUAGGGAAGCCCUAUUUUAGAACCAGUCUAUUUACCAUUUACUCUUUGUGUUAGUCCUGUGAUAAACUGGUGACCUGUCAAGGGUGUGCCCUGCAUCUUGCCCUAUGACAGCUGAAUUACACUGUAGUUAUUUUUAGGUAUUUGUUGUGUCAGAAGUGGAGGCCAGCAUACUGUAUCUCAUAGCCUAUACCCACAAUAAUACUACAUUAUCAAAAAAUAAGUGGAUGUUAGGCUACUCUUUAAUAUACCUCAUACCCAGUGUAAUACUAGGUAUUACACGCUUGGCCUUUAGUCUAAACCCAAUUGUCAUUUCAUAAAGACAAAAUUUCGACCUUACUGCUAAAACACUUGAAAGGUACUCAAAGAUUAAAAUGCUCAACGUACAAUUUGUUUCUCAUUUCCUUUAAACUCCCUUAAUCUACUGUAACAACAUUUUACAGAACCAGCGAGUAUUUGUAGGCAACAUUGAAGCUAUUGCCCGGUUUGCAAGAGACUACCAAGGUGCCAGGAACUGCACCUAUAAAAGAAAGAGAACUCAUAUUGACCCCUCCUUUAAUGAUGCCCAUUCCCGAACCAGUUCCAAGGACUUACACACAAACACACAAAAAAUCCACUUUGAAUUCACUAAAUAAUACAUGGUAAAUGUUGGGAAACCAGACAAUAAGUUGCGGGCUGUAUUGUGAACUGCUACAAGUACUCCCUCAUUUGUGGUCUCUUUAUAUGAAGUCCAAUGUGGCACUUUAUCCUCAGCUGAGAGGUCAGUGUGGACACUGAUUUUUAAAGAAGCGUUACUACUGCUGAUGCUGGCGUAUGAUGGUUGUUGGAAGACGAACAGCCGGAGACCUUUCUCGCAGACCAUAUGUGUAGCCUACAGAGACUUUGUGCAUAAUGUUAAACAAAUCUGAGAGCUGAACGGACAUGAGCGUGACCUGCUAGUGCACUACUGUAUGUCUUAUGAUGCACCUCAGCAAUUUAAAUGGCUUUAUCGCUCUGUUCUGUUAACAAAACAGAGAAGAUACGAUGUAAUGAAAGAAAAAAAAACUGUAUUUAUUUUUUGUCAUGCUGCCAAGGGAAAGUUUUGUUGCUUGAAAUACCUCCUUAAUUAGCAAACAUUUCCAAACUCACUCCUCGUUCUCUGUACUGUGCUAAUACUGUAAUCCUGUUCCUAGAGUGUGUAACUUUAGACAGAAAGCACAAUAUUUUACAGUUUUUUGACAUGUGUGAAGAUUAGAAUAGAGCAGCAUAGUCUGCAUAGACCUGGUUUAGUUGUGAUUGGUGUACAUUAUACACUUUAUUAUAUAGGUAUCCCUUAGGACUGCAUAAAAAUCUAAGGUAUGUAUACAUGUGCCAUUCAUUUAUAAAAUAUGGAACAUAACCUUACUUUUAUAGACUGUGAAGCACACUGAAUAGACAAACCAUCCCAUCAAGCAUUUUUGUGCAGAUACACCAGAACCCGAGAAUCCUCCAUUUUUAUAGUCAUAUUUAGUACACAGCACAUAUUUUAGACAUUCAGUAUGGUUUGGUAGUUUGUAUGUUUUCAACAGUAAAAAAAUACUCUAAGAAAACUGAAGGAAA